AGUCAGCUGUCGGCACAUGAGGCAAAUGCACGUGAGUCGCGCGCGCACCCGGCGUCCGUUUUCGUAUCGGUUUUCGCGUUACGGAAUAACGUCGCAUUUUUAAACUGUGUAAGUGCCUACCGGUUUUAUGGGAAAGUGUGAGUGAUUCUUUAUUUCAUAUAAUAAAUAACCAAUUUCUUGUUCAUCUGAACUGUCAUUAUUUCAUAUUUUAUCGAUAGUUUAUUUGGUGGAUCGUGCUAGUUAAUUAUGCCGAAUUCGGCUUUACGAUGUUUUAAUAUAAGAUGUAUGUAACCAAUUUUAGAAUGUGUGCAAUGUUGUGUUGUGAUAGUGAAUAUUAAGGACUCACGUGUUUUGAAAGAAACACAAGUAGUAGAGCGGCAGUGGCAAAAAGGCGUUACCACACAUGUCCCCUCAAAAUGAUUCCGAUAAUAGUGCGCGUGUGGUGCGAAAGCGGCACAGGUUGGUCGCCAACCCAUGUGCCGGUGACGCCUCAGACCACCGGCCGAGAUGUGUUGGAGUGCUGCCGCGAACCGGGCGAUGAACCUUGCCUGCUGUUUAGCGUUCACCCAAUUCACGGAGUACACGUGUUGCGGGAUACAGAGUUACCCUUAGAAAUCGCCGCAACACUGGGGCCUGAAGUGCAGUUUGUUCUCAAGUACGUCGGUGAUGAGACGGGGAGCACGGAUAAGAGCAAUGGUAUGAAGGAACCGGGAUCACCUGAGGAAUUGGUAUGUUUUUUUUUUUACUAUUUUUGCAUUGCGUGUGUUCGUAAUUCCUCUCCUCUUUAGCGGCUUGACUGAUUUUGAUAAAAACAUUAUAGGGUACUUAUCGAGUAACCAGAACGGUUUUUAGAUAUAGUUACGCGCGGUAGGUAGCGCUGUUGUCGGGAUUCAAAAUCAUCGGGGCGGAUCACUGGUUUUUAUAUAAAUACUAGCUCGCCAGGCAGACAUUGUUCUGCCCUUUCCGAACUACCAUUUGCUUUCCCAAAAAAACUCCUGAAAUUAGCAGUAAAAAAAUUGAGGGUCACUUAUCGGGAUAAAAACUAUCCUAUCUCUCAAGUUAGACCAAACUGCACACAGUGUGUAAAAUUUAAUUGAAAUCAGUUCAGUAGUUUAGGAGUUCACCGCGGACAAACAAUGUGACACGUAAUUUUUAUAUAUAAAGAAGAUAAACCUCGACCGGACAUUGGAAUGAAUCUAUCAAAUAUUUAUCUUGUAACCAUCGCGUUAAGGCCUAGUUGAUGUUGUGGUCACGGAAUAUGAAACAUGCAACGCGCAAACUUGAAACGCACGUGCAAUGAAACUAGCGGGCGAACUCGCGGGAGACGCGCGUGGCACGCCAAGUCCAUGUCGAACUAGCGGCGAAACACGUGAUCCGCACGCAGUAGCAAGUGAAUUCAAUUGGUUUGUAUUUAUCGCUUGUGACGAAGCUACAUAGCUACCAGUCAUUGCAAACAGCCUUUAACUCUUUAAUAAUAGAAGAGUUAGUCGACAUUGAUCAAAUAAAAUCUGAUUAGACAUUACCUAAAAAGUUAACAUUACAGUAUAUCUAAAAACUUUGAAAGGAUAUUCUCUCAACCUGUUAUACAAACAUUUUUUAUAGCAUAAAUCUUGACCAAUCAGCACACAGUCCACCUGAUAAUAACUGGAUUCUAUGGCUCAUAGAAUCUAGUUAUUCCAUCUACAUCCAUCCUCGAUUAAGAAUCAUGAUGCUGAUGCGUUGUCAUCCCUGAGAACCAAGAUAGAAUGCCUCGUUUCCAGUGAAAAGGGUCUCCGGUUUUCUGCACUUACCAUACGAAACACAGCAGCAUUAAUCUGCUACUUCACGCUGGUAUUAUGUAAGAGCGUGGUCAUUCCGCAAUUGAGUCAUCUCAUUAGUGCUACAACCAUAAUAUAGUUGCAGCAUGGCUCUACCAUGUAAUUAUUAAAUUCAGCAUACUGCUCUCUUCUUGCCUCUUUCGUUACCUGUCUAUUCUACUCAUAGUCUAAUAUUAGUCUAAUAUUAAAAGUAAUUUAAUAUUUUAGUUAUAGAUACGCUAGGAACACGGUGAACAAGACCUAGACCAACAACCCAAACAUACAAUAUUAUGAUUUCAUGAAAAUUGAUACCCUAACUCAACUCUUUACAAUUUCAAUAAAAGUGUCUAUUAAAACAAAAAAUACUCACACAAUAUUUUAAAAAUUUUACUAACUCUGUAAAAGAAGUUCUACUCUUAGUAAGAUUUAUGGAUUCAGCUCACGUUUCACAAAUGAUAUAAUAAUCCUCAUCACUGGCGACACGGUUCGUCCAAUCGGAUUGAUCUUUAGCGAGGGAAAUUCUUGAGGCAUCACAAAUCAAUCGAAUUGAAUGACUCGUUUGCGGGUUCCCUUGCCGAGGCAUUCGGAUUAUGUAUUAUUGUAUCGUUUGAUGUUUUUAUACGUUAUAAAUUGUAUCGAUGGCACCAUUAUAGCUGUGAAUGCCAAAGUAUUUUCAAAGAUAUCAGGUUUUUUAAAUAAAUUAUUUUUAAGGAUGUUAAAGAAUUUAUGUUGAUAGAUAUAUCAUAUAAUGUAGCUGAUAUUAAAGUAGGGAAUAUAAAAUAAUAAAAUAUUUUUUUUUUAUGUAUGAACCUUAUUAUUAUGGUUUGAUAAUACUUUUUUUAUAGGAGAGAGGGCAAUCGAGCAUACGGCUCCCCUGAUGGUAAGUGAUUAUCGCCGCCAAUGAACAACUACAACACCAUGGAUAUUGCAGAUGCGUUGCCGGCCUUUUAAAAAGGAGUACGUCCUUUUCUUGAAGGUUCCUAAGUCGUAGCGGUCCGGAAAAAUCUCUGGUGGUAGUCGAUUUCACGAGGAAGUUGUGCGAGGAAGAAAACUUCUUUUAAAUCGCACAGUGGUGGAUCGCCAGUCAUCCAGAUGGAUAGUAUCGCGAGUUUUGUCGCGAUGUACGAUGGUGAAAUUGUGCGGCUGGAAUCAGUCCAAACAAUUCCUCAGAGCACUUUACGUGGUAAAUGCGAUAAAAUACGCAAAGAGAUGCAACAUCUCUUCGCAGUGCCAGUGAGUCAAACUGAUCGGAAAGAGUUCGGUCGCCGACGAUUCGAACAGCUCCGCGCUGGAUGCGAUCAAAUGGAAGGAGACCCAACCAGCCCAGAGAUGGGAACAGUAUUCCAUGUGCGGCCAAACCUGCGCCUUGUAAAGUUGCAGACGGUGUGCCGGCAUGAAAUACUAUCCCGCUCUCCUGAGCACGCCAAGCUUUUUAGAGGCUAAAGGGUUUGAAUGAAGUCCCCCGAUGUUGCAAAAAUUCACGGAUGGCUUGGCAAGGGGCUUCUUUGACUUAUUGCUCCAUUUGGCCCGAGCAGGUUUAGUCUCGAGCGGAAUUUCACCCUGCAGCCUGAGCACCCUAGCUCAGGAAGAGUAGAGUAGCUUGGACGUGGAUUCUCAGCGAGGGAUUCUCCGUCACCAGGGGUGCUGGUACUCCUGGGGUAAAGGUGUAUUAUUUAACUCCACUAUGUUAAGGGGGGUGGAGGAAUUGGGCCUCCGGCUACCUGCACUCACCAGACGGAAUGCAAAAGCAGAGCUCCUACUUCACGCUGGUCUUCUGUGAGGUCCUGAUACCACCCCGGUUCGAGCUGGCCCAUACGUGCAACAGCAAAGGCUGCCGCGUGGCUCUGCCAGUGGUAAGACGUAUGAAGAAACACAUAAUUAAGACAAUACCUUCGAUAUUUUCGAUUUCAGCGCAAGUAAAAAACAAAAUUUGGACUUAAAUGUUUUUCAUAAAAUUAAAGUGACAAACAAACUAACAGGCCACCUGAUGAUAAGUGGCUCCUGCGGCCUCUGGACAUCUGCAACCAACAUCAGAUAGAGAAGCCUACAGAUGUGUUACCACCCGUGAAAGGUAAAUUGGAAUGGGCCUCACACCUUUAGACCGAAAUACAGCAGUGCACUGCUGUUUGCGUAACUAUAAACACAGAAUAAUAAAAUAGUAGUAAUAGUACAGUACAGGUGCUAUAAAUUAAAACUUUCUGACAAAAGAUUUAU